AGUCUCCUCCCAACUGCAGCUAUAAAAGGGACCUGCACUGCAGCUCUGAAGGCACAGACCCCCUCAACAUCUGUGUGUGUUCAUCUCUCUCUGCUCUUUUCUCCCUUUCUGGUGUGAGUCAUCUCUCUGGUCUCCCGCACGGCUGAUCUCCCGACGCUGUCAUGGCUUCUUUGGGCUUCGACCCCUUCUUCCCCUCCUCCCACCGCCGCAGGGUGGUGCUGCGCAGCAGCGGUGGCAGCGGUGGCUACGGGGGUCCGUCUCGCUCCCGCUCCGUCUUCACCUCCUACUCCACCCCCCACUACGCGCUGACCGCGUCGUCGGGCCGCGAGCUGGACCUGGGCCAGGCGGCGCAGGUGAGCUCGGAGCUGAAGGCCGUGCGCACGGCCGAGAAGGCGCAGCUGCAGGAGCUGAACGACCGCUUCGCCGGCUUCAUCGAGCGCGUGCACCACCUGGAGCAGCAGAACCGGGCGCUGGAGGCCCAGCUGCAGGCGCUCCGACAGCGCCAUGGUGAGCCCACCUGCCUGCGCUCCAUCUACGAGCAGGAGGUGCGUGCGCUGCGCGCGGCCGUGGAGCAGGCGCGGGAGGAGCGUCAGGCCGCGCAGGAGCGCCGUCGGCAGCUGGAGGAGGCCCUGAGGGCGCUGCAGGGCCGCUACGAGAACGAGGUUCUGACGCGCCAGGAGUCCGAGGGCCGGCUGGUGGAGGCGCGUAAGGGGGCGGAGGAGGCGGCGCUGGGCCGAGCCGAGGAGGAGAAGCGUCUGGACAUGCUGCUGGACGAGAUGGCCUUCCUCAAGCGGCUGCACGAGGGCGAGAUCACCGAGCUGCAGGCCCAGCUCCGCUACAGCUCCCAGGUCUCCGUGGAGACAGAGGUGGCCAAGCCGGACCUGUCGGUCGCGCUGCGUGACAUCAGGGGCCAGUACGAACGCCUGGCGCAGCAGAACAUGCAGUCCGCCGAGGAGUGGUUCCGCUCAAAGGUCAGCACUAUGGCCGAGACCACGGCCCGCCACACCGAUGACAUCCGUCUGGCCCGCGAUGAGGCGGGUGAGUUCCGACGCCUGCUGAAAGCCCGCGACCUGGAGAUUCAGGCGUGCCAGAGCCUCAACCACGCACUGGAGCAGCAGCUCCUGGAGGCCGAGGACAGACAGAGCGCCGAGGUCACCAACAUGCAGGACGUGAUUGCCCAGCUGGAAGAUGAGCUGAGGAGCAUGAAGAACGAGAUGGCACGCUACCUGAAGGAAUAUCAGGACCUGCUCAACGUCAAGAUGGCUCUGGACAUUGAGAUCGCCGCCUACAGGAAGCUGCUGGAGGGGGAGGAGACACGCUUCAAUGUGGGUGGAGUCGGGGGCAUGUCCAGCGUCUUCUCACACACCAUCUCAUCCACACCCUCCUUUGGCCGGCCCGUCUUCUCCGUGCAGGCCAGCCUGAGCUCUGGCGCCCCCUACCUGCUGGGAACACGCCUCCUCAGCUCCUCUCUCUUCAGCGACGACCUGAUAACCUCCAGCCGGGCUCAACAGGCCGAGGCCAGCCCAGCGAAGGAGGAGGAGGAGGAGGAGGAGAAGGAGGAAGAGGAAGAAGAGGAGAAGGAGGAGGAAGAGGAGGGAGGAAAUGAGGGAGAAGGUGAUGAAGACGAAAAAGAGGAAGAGGAGGAAGAGGGAGAGGGUGAGGAAGAGGCACAGGAAGUGAAGGAGGGAGAAGGAGAGGGUGAGUGA